AUGCUCAUAUUGCGAUCCUAUGCACAUGCUUCAAUAUUAACGAUCUUCACAGCCGACUUCAACGCCAUUGCUCAGCAGUUCGUCCAGUUCUACUACAAGACCUUUGACGAGAACCGCGCUGGUCUCGCCUCCCUCUACAAGGAGACUUCUAUGCUCACCUUUGAGUCGGGAGGAACUCAGGGUUCAGCCGCCAUUGUAGAGAAGCUCCAGAACUUGCCAUUCCAGCAGAUACAACACCGCACCGAUACCGUCGACGCCCAGCCUUCUGCCGACGAUGGUAUUCUUGUUCUGGUGACUGGUGCGCUUCUGCUUGGAGGCGAGGACAAGCCAAUGAGCUUUACUCAGGCUUUCCAGCUCAAGAACGCCGAAGGCAACUGGUACGUUCUGAACGACGUUUUCCGUCUGGUAUACCCCGCCGCAUAG